UUGGCAGGCAAAGCGUCUGACUCACGUGCAGAGCAGACCGGCAUCAUCUCCCCGGUGAUCGCAGCUGGCGGUCUCGGCGGGUACGGCGGCGGGCUGGCGGGCGCAGCACUCACCGGUGGCUCGGCUAUCAUCGCCGGCCCCGCGGUCGUCGCUGGCGGCCCCGUCAUCGGCUCCGGAGCGGCUCUCAACAACGCCGGCUCCGUGGGUGCAGCACAACUUAGCGCCAUUCAGAACGCUCAAGCCGUACAGGCCGCUCAGAUCGCCAACUCAGCUGCCGCUGCCAUACAGAGUGCCCGUGCCACUGAAGCUGCUGCCCGCAGCGCACAAGCGAAUGCCAUCAACAACGCUGCUGCCCUAGACGCCACCCGUGUGGCCAACAUCCAGCGUGCACAGGCCGCCGCCUGGGAAAGCGCGAGAGCCUCGGAGGCGGCGAGACGCGCGGCUGCCGCCAGCGCACUUGAAGCCGCUCGUGCUGCUGAAGCUGAACGUGUAGCCAAUGCUGCUCAUGUCCAGGCCAUCGCUAUCGCGAACACUCGUGCUGUGGAGGCCACCCGCAUUGCCAACGCCGCUCGUGCCCAAGCUGCUGCAGUGGCCACGAGUGCCGCUCAGGCUCAGGCAGUAGCCGACACUGUCGCCAGGAACGCUCAGGAUGGAGCCUUGUUGCUGGGCGGCGGUGGUGCGCUGGUCGGAGGGGGCGCAGUCAUCGCUGGCCCCGCCGUAGCUGUCGGCGGACUCGGCGGCUACGGCCUCGGCGGUGCUGGAAAACUGAUUCACCACUAAACAGUAGUGAUUCGACUCUGUGAUGAUACCCAUAUUGUCCUAGACAAAUAGAUUAUGGCUACAUCCAUUUUGCUCCUUUUCAUAGAAAUGGUUUGUAGUAGAUCUAAUGAGAUUUAAAGCCAUGUAAAUAAACAAAGGGCCGUUUAGGUCUGUCUUAUGUUGUUAAUGUAAGCAAAUACUAAAUAUCUACGUUUAAAUGUGGCUGAUUCCUACUGUGGACUGAUUUAACUGUACCUUAUACGUGUACUUGUUAGUAAAAUAAAGUAGGCCUUACCCUGAAAACUAGUUUUGUGUUAAAUCCUUUCAUAAUUAAAAUAAUAACAAAAAAAAUUUUAUAUACAGCGUUCAUCAAUCUAUUUAAGCCUUAAUCUAACGAUUUUUAGUUUU